AUGGGAGCGUGCGCGACGAAGCCGGGCGACCUCAAGGUCAAGGGCGAGGCGCCGCUGGUCGUGGAGGACGCCGUGGCGGCCGCGGCCGAGAAGGCGAAGGCCGACGGGAUCCCGGUGGCCGCCGCCGUUGUCGACCAGAGUGAUGUCAGCCGCCGGAGGUCCCUCAGCGACCUACUCAAACGGGACGCGGAGGCCAGCGAUGGGAAGGCCGGCCACCAAGAGGCAGAGAAGGUCGUGGUUGGGGAGCCGGCGAGUGCUGUCGGGGAAACGAUGGGACCACCGCAAGCACCGGUCCAGGCCUCGGUCGCAGCCGAGCAGGACGACACGGCCGAAGAACCGGAGGAUGGUCUUCCGAGUGGCGACGCGCAUGCGGCGGAAGAAGAGAAGCGAGUGGAUCCUGAAUCAGUGCAAGCUGCUGUCGCUGCUGAUGCCCCAAAAAGUUCUGAGGAAAGCGAGGCUGCUAAUGACGACGAUGACGCCUCUGCCUGAACUCAAAAAUGGGACUUCGGCACGUUGUGUUGUCAUUGAUUCUUCGUUCUUUGAUGGCGCGAGAUUGGUAGCAAGGUUGCUGCUGCUCUGGAACAUUGGGAAACGCUGCUGUCUUGCUCC